AUGUCCGCCUCUACUCCCGACGUCACCGCCGCGGUGGAAUCUACGGCCGCCGCAUUGACGGAACUUCAUGACGACAUUCUAGAAACACAUAUUCUUGCAAAGCUCGACCCUCAAAGCCUCUUCACUACGAGUUGCGUCUCAUCCGAGCUUCAUGAUAUUUGCACAGGCGAGAAUUUAUGGAAGCAAAUUUGCAAGUCUAUUUGGCCUUCCGUAAACAACCCUCGUCUCGCCGAGGUGAUCGCGAGUUUCCCCGCGGGUCACCGGUCGUUUUUCAGCGACUCGUUCCCUACUCUUCACCACAAAUUCUUCACAGAUGGUCACCGAAAGACCACCGAGUUGGUUUCGGCCGUUGAUAUUCAUUAUCAAAAUAAGCCGCUUUUUACAAAAGUUGUUGCCCUAGAUACCGAUUCGGCGGCUUUUCUUGAUGCGCCGUUUUCGGUUGAUCUUUUAAGCGACGAGGCAUUGAAGUUGCCUGGAAAAUUCGACACCGAGGACGAAAACUUCUUGGCACGUCUAGGCCGAGACUUGAAACUGAGCUGGAUUGUCAUCGACACGAGUGGAAGAAUGGCGGCGAACGUGUCGAGUUUAAGGCCUGUUUUGGUUCGGCAGCAUUGGGUCACGGGGGACAUAAAAGUCCGGUACGUGAAAGUUCUCGCAGGGGGCCGAAAAGGGAAGUCGAGAGAGAUGGUGCAAUGCAAGAUUGAGGUGGAGUGCGUGAGGAGAGUAGAGAAUGGGGAGGUGCAUGUAGGGCAAGUGAGUUUCAAGAUGGAGGAUUUGGAUAAGAGUUGUUUGAGUGGGAGAGAUGGUUUGGUGAUCUUGCAAGAUGCUUUGGAGAGUGGAGAGAGGAGGCAAGGGAGAGAUGGGGAGGAGAGAGAGAUGUAUGAGAAGUACUUGGUGAAGAGGAAAGAGAGGAGGGAGAAGUUGCAGAAGAUUGAGAGGAGGUUGGAGAUGGUGGAUAGAGCUACUAGGAUUUCGAUAUCCUUGGCGAUGUUGUUCUUACUUUUCGGGAGUUUAUUGUCCUGA